AUGGCGCGUCCCAUCGUAUUUUUUGACGUCCAAAUUGGCGAGACCCCUGCCGGUCGAAUCAAAAUAGAGCUAUUCAACGAUAUCGUGCCUAGGACGGCUGAAAACUUUCGACAGCUGUGCACUGGCGAACACCGCGUGAAUAAUCGCCCUCAAGGAUAUAAAGGUGCGACAUUUCAUAGCGUGCGAGACUUUAUGGUUCAAGGAGGUGACUUCCUGAAAGGGGACGGAACGGGAAGCUUUUCGAUAUACGGUGAUAAGUUUGCCGACGAGAAUUUCGUUGUUAAACAUACACAACCCGGUCUUCUUUCCAUGGCCAAUUCAGGGGGGAACACCAAUGGAUGCCAGUUCUUCAUCACCACCGGACCAUCCGAUUUUCUUGACGGAAAGCAUGUGGUAUUCGGCAAAGUCGUGGACGGUAUGCUUACCGUCAGGAAAAUUGAGAAUGUCCCCACUGGUCCAAACAAUCGACCAAAGCUCGUUGUGAAGAUUGUGGAAUGCGGAGAAAUGUGA